GUCAUUCCGUCGCAUACGUGAAAAAACGGGAAAUGCUCAGAAAACACAGAGAGGAAGCAAAUUUGGGAAGUGUUUUUGUUGCCAUUCCGCAGCAGGAGGGCAUCUGGGCAGGAAAAAUCGAUACAACUAUUUGUAAAUACAGUGCGACGACAGCGACCACGGUGGUGCGCGUGUGAUUUGUGCUUAUGUGCCGUUCCUUCCAAAAUCAAAACAUAUUCAAGGUGUAGUGCAGUAGGAAGAAAAAAUUUGGAUGUGUGCUCCCUCUGUGGCUCGGGCCCGUACCGAGGAAUGUGAUUAUUGCUGCUGCUGCUGUUGCUGGUUGUGCUGGGAAAGCUAUAAAAUUUAUAAUCCAUCGGCGAUAGUGGGCGUCAGUAACCGAUGAACCCGUGGUGGAUGUGCCAAUCCGUUCGUGUGUGUGAUAAAAUGUGGCCCUGGUCUCUGGGGUACCACCCACAAAUUCGACCAAUUUAGUGAAAUCGUGAUAUUGCACCCUGCUGCGGAAAGGCGGAAAGCAAACAAUAGUGACCAGCAAUAGCAGUGCAGUGCGCGCCGUAAGUCACGCACAUCCCACCGACGAGUGUGUGUGCGAUGUGCAGUGGUGUGCGGUGAUCCAAUUCGUACGCGAGUGCAUUUGUGCGUUGGGCUCUUGGCUCAAGUGCUACCUUCCGGUCGGUGCUUUACUACCCCAGCCAGCCCGAGAAGGCCAUCAAAUCACUCCCAACCGACGGUACGACGGACGGGAAAGCACAGCGUUAAAAACAACGUCACCCUGCAUCGUAUGAUAACGCCGUCACUCGUGCGACAGUCGCUUUAAAGUUUUGUGCUAACGUGUACAAAAGGGGCAAACGCAUUGAAUUUGCACACCGUUUUGGGCUCAGCCGAGGCUUUCACCGACUACUAGCCCGGGUGCGGGGACGAGACGAAACGGGCACCGAUUCGAGAUGAGCUGAUAGUGGCCGGGGUUGGUCCGCGUGUUUGUUUAUGAUAAUAGAGUUUUUGUUUUAUGUGUUAUCAUACUGCAACAUAUCAUCGAAAAAAAAAAAAAAGAUAAGAAGAAACAUUUCACUCCGUGUUCUCAUACCGGAAAGGCAAGGAAACAAUCAUCACAUCACCGACUUAACAUUCGGACGCUAGGCGACGGUCAUGGCCACCAUCACCACGGCAGCGUCACCGACCUCGAACAGUAGCGCGUCGACCACGUCCGUGUCGCUGCUGCAGCGCCAGUCGAGCAAAAAUGCCGACACCGUAUCGGUGUGUUCAACCACCAGUGCCUUCUCGACGUGCCCCGACCGGCACGGGUUCUACGGUGGCAACCAGUUUUCGGAAAAACCGAAGAAAGAAACGCUUACGCGGGAGCAGAUCAUCGCACGCGAAAAGAAAUGGAUCCACAUGACUGCGCACUGGGCAGAAUAUAUGAACACGAACUACAAAAAGGUCCGUGAGCGCUGCCGAAAAGGUAUCCCGGACGCGCUGCGACAGAAGGCAUGGUUUCUGCUGACCGGCGCAAACCAUCUGAUGGCCAAGUUUCCCGACUGGUACCAGCAUCUGCUCGACCAGCCCGGCAAUCCGCAGAUCAUCGACGAAAUACGCAAGGAUCAGCAUCGCCAGUUCCCGCACCACGAGAUGUUCAUCGACGACGACAAGCCGGGCCAGAAGGAGCUGUUCAACGUGCUGAAAGCGUACUCGGUGUACAAUCCGACCGUGGGCUACUGUCAGGCACAGGCCCCGAUCGCCGCCUUCCUGCUGAUGCAGCUUCCCUCCGAGCAGGCGUUCUGGUGCUUCGUCGCUAUUUGUGACAAAUACCUCGAAAACUACUUUACACCCGGGCUCGAGAUGUUGCAGCGCGACGCGGGCAUGCUGAACCGGCUGCUAAAGAAAACGUCCCCGGCCGCUUACCGCCACCUGCAGAAGCACAACGUCGAUCCGCUGCUGUACAUGACCGACUGGUUCCUGUGUGCGAUGACGCGCACGCUGCCCUGGGACACGCUGCUGCGCGUGUGGGACUGCUUCCUUUGCGAAGGGGUGCGAAUCUUUUUCAAGGUAGCGCUCGUCAUCAUCGGGGCCACGCUUGGGCCGCAGAAGGUGCGGUCCCAGUGCAACGGGCUGUGCGAAACGCUGGCCGUGCUGCGCUCACCGCCGAAGAAGUUUCUCGAGGAGGAUUUCAUCAUGCACCACAUCUUCCGGCUGAACAUCACGAUCGACGACUUCCACCGGGAGCACAAGAAGCAGGAGAUGCUGCACCGGAAGGCAAAGCUGGAACAGCAGAAGGCGGCACAGCAGCAGAACGGUGGUGGUGGUGGAUCUUCCAACGGGGCUGGCAGGAGCUCGUAGCUUUCGGCAACCCGUGGCCAAUAAGACCGCAUGGAGAAGGGACGGCAGCUAGUCUAACAUGGAGAAACUGCUCCGAACGGUGGGCGAAGCAGUGUAUCAUCAUACCGGCCCCCCCAAAGGGACAGAGUGGGACCUGAGGGGGGCAAUAAUGUUUGCAAUUACGGGCGCUAUUCGUCUCAUUCGUUUCUUCCACAUUUAGCGUGAAAUAAGCGCAAACCGAUUCGGAAACUAUACAGAUGUGUUUGCUAUGUUUAACAGAACCGUUUAUACAAGUAAGUAUCUAGUGAAGUAAGAUUUGCGAUCAACAUGGCACCAAAAUUUAACAUCGCCACGGCGAAAUAUGUUUAGGAACAAAACAAUGCAAAAA